CACGUAUUGGUCCGAGAACACCAUCGAAACAUGCAAUUCUGUUGAACUGUCAUUUCGAUACACUUCCGGAUGCGCCUGGUGCCACCGAUGAUGCUGUCAAACGCCCUUAUUGGAUAUUCUAUGAUAACAGUGCAGGAAUUCAGGUAAGUUGCGCACUGAUGAUGGAAAUUAUUGAUAUUUUAUCACAUUCAAAGGAAUCUCUACCGAACGACAUAAUCUUCCUCUUCAAUGGAGGUAGGCGAAUGCCUUGUUUUUGCCUGCCUAAUCGUUUUUUUUCAAAAUUUACGUUGUCCUGA